AUGGCAUUGGCAAUGAUGCUUUUCUCCUUCUCGAGAACUGUUAGGUUGCUAAACGAGCUUGUACAGAGUGCAAAGUCUGUUUUAAUCUCUUGGACUUCUUUUAAGAGAGAGACUAUUGGGCCAAGUACUUUCUUUAGUGUAGUGAGGAUUGUAAAGGAUCUUGUUUUCGGAGAGUUGGUGGCAGGGUUCGUAGUGACUCGGAGGAGGGUGAUGCCCUGUGAUCAGGGCAUCAAAGUGUCGCUCGGUAGUUGCCUUAAAUUCAAGGCAAAGAGCAGUGAGAAGUUUUCGUGA